GCUCACUUUCGAAUUCGACGCCAACGGUACAACACACACUAUGAGUGCGCGAAGCAGCACGGCCGACGAAGACUCGCGGCUGCCGAUUCUGGAAAAGUACACGGAGGAGAGCAAAGCGUCGGCGACGCGGCAGUCGACAUGGACCAAGUCCUUGAUCGUCGGCGGCAUUGUGCUCUUGGUGGCCGGCAUCGCGUACGCGUUUGGGUCCUCCACGAACGCACCCGACACGUCGUUGUACGCGCGCGAUUUCACGGGGGACUUGCGCCAGAACUGCACGGAAGCGUACAUUACGCAGCCGUUGAACCAAUUCGGCGCCACGGGCGCCACGUACGACGAGCGGUACUUUGUGUGCGCCGCCGAGUGGGCGAAAGGCGGGCCGAUCUUCUUUUACACGGGCAACGAAGCCAACGUCGAGUUGUACUUGAACCACACGGGCAUCAUGUGGGAGAACGCCGCUGAGUUUGGCGCCAUGCUCGUGUUUGCCGAGCAUCGGUACUUUGGCUUGUCGAUCCCGGACGACGCACUCAAGCGUAUGGAGUACCUGUCGUCCGAGCAAGCGCUGGCCGACUAUGCCGUGCUGCUCGGGGAGCUCAAGGACGCGUACAACGCUUCGUCGAGCGCCGUGGUGGCCUUUGGGGGGUCCUACGGAGGCAUGUUGGCCACGUGGUUUCGUCAAAAGUACCCGCAUGUCGUGGACGGCACGAUCGCAGGGUCGGCGCCCGUGCUGGCGUUCGAAGGGCAGUCCCCGGCCGCCGACACGGGCUCGUUUUCGCGCAUCGUCACAUUCGACGCGACGCCGGCCGCGGGGGCCGCCGCCAACUGCGUGCCCAAUAUCAAGAGCGUGUGGGGGAAGAUCGCUGCGGCGGCGCGGACGGCGGCGGGGCGGGACACGUUGGCGCGUGCAUUUGGUUUUUGCGAAUCGUUUGCAACCGAAAGCGCCGCGCUGGGGCUCGUGGAUUGGAUCCAGGGCGCGUUUGCGUUCAUGGCCAUGGGCAACUACCCGUACCCGUCGUCGUACCUGAUGAACGGCGUGAGCGUCAUGCCUGCAUACCCCGUGCGCGUGGCGUGCGCGCAUUUGGCCGACUUGCAUGACGACGAUGACGUGGCGCUGUUCCAUGCCGUCAAGCUCAGCGUCGGCGUGUUUUACAAUACAACGUUCGACAAGCGCUGCUACACGUUUGGCCAGCCGUCCAACGAAUCCCAGCACGACAAUGACUUUUGGGACUACUUAUCUUGCUCGGAAAUGUACAUGCCCAUGGACCAAGGCGGCGGGGCGAACGACUUUUACAUGGCCAACGUCCACAACAUCUCGGCAUCGAACGCGAGCUGCCUCGCCGAGUGGAAUGUGCCGCUGCGUCCGACGUGGGCCCACACCGUGUACGGCGGCCGAGCGGGGUUGGAGGCAACGUCCAAUAUUGUGUUUACAAACGGCAACUACGACCCGUGGAGCGGCACGGGCGUGCUCACGUCCGUGUCCGAGUCGGUCGUGGCAUUGCAUGUUGAUGGCGGCGCGCAUCACUUGGACUUUAUGUUUAGCCACCCGUUGGACACGCAGUCAGUCAAGGACGUUCGGAAUGAGCAAAAGAAACACAUGGCCAAGUGGAUCGAUCAAGCCGCGACAAAGCGGCGACAACGCGCGGCAGUCGUCUAGAAUGCGUUCGUUUCGUCAUAUAUUAACGUUCAAACUCGUACUCCAUAUGAACUAACACGAGCAGCCACCCCAC